CGAAAAAUCAAAAUAUUCUUUCUCUCCUAAAAUGUUUUAACACAUUUCAAGCAAUAUAUAAAAUAUCACAUUUUUUAAAAUUGUUUUAUUUAUAAAUCGAUAAGAAAUAAAAAAAUUCAAAAAAUUUUACAAAACUAUAAGGGAGAAUAAUAUUUUAUGUUGACAUUAUUUUUGGGAGGAAGGGAGUAAAGAGAAGAAAGAGUGAGGAUGGAGACGAUUGUACAGUAUUGUUCAUAAUUUUACCGCUUUGUCUUCAACAUCGGAAUGACGGUCGCCGGAAGAUUUGCAUUUCUCUCAUCUGUUACCAUCAAUUUUCUUUUCCUAAUCAUUUUAUUGCUCGCAGAUUCAAGUUUAAGCAUCAGAUUUCCGGCUCGGGCCAUCGAGUCUCCACCGGAUCCGUCCAAUCUCUACCUGAAAACAGCUGUUUUUGCUCUCGGAAGUUUCUGGAGGUCCGAGGCGGUGUUCGGUUGCUUAGACGGCGUCGUCAGAACCUCCGCCGGAUAUGCCGGCGGCUCCAAAAGCAACCCCGAGUACCGCAACUUAGGCGACCACGCCGAGUGCGUUCAGAUUGAAUACGAUUCCAGAAUGAUUAGUUUUAGACAACUCUUGGAGGUGUUCUGGUCAGGUCAUGAUUCUAGGCAAGUCUAUGGGCAAGGUCCCGAUGUGGGUAACCAGUACAGGUCUAUCAUAUUUACGAAUGGAACCGAGGAGGUGAGGUUGGCUGGCCUCAGCAAAGAGCGAGAGCAAUCAAGAUCCAAAAGCAGCAUUGUCACUACUCAAAUUCAACAGCUUGAAACAUUUCACCCUGCUGAGCCUGAACAUCAGAAAUUUGAGCUGAAACGGAAUCCAUUCCUCCUCCAGUUGAUUGGGAACAUGGGUGAGGAGGAGCUUCAGAGAUCAACAUUGGCAGCAAAACUGAAUGCCUAUGCCGCAGAGCUUUGUCCACCUAGGAUCCAAAGGCGAAUUGAUGCAAAGAUUAAGGAUAUCAUCAGAAAAGGAUGGCCAGUUUUGAGAGACAUAUAGGCACCAUACAUUGGCCAAGGCCUUGGGUUCUACGGGUAAACUUCAAUUCAUGACAUCUUCGCUUCAAAAAAUCUAUUAAGGAAAAAAAAAACUCUGUGCAUCAUUGAAUCAACCCGUUAGUCAUUGAACUAUUGAUAUGCCAAAUUGGUCCCUUCUCUUAGUAUAUUUUACCUUUUUAUUUUCUUCACUAAAAUGGAAGGAAAUAA